AUGAAAGACAGCAAAGGAUGGGACGGAAAGCUGCGUGUCGAACCCAAGCCCACGGCUACCAUCACUAAUCCAGAGGCCCUCGAGGACCCUGAUUACUCGGAUUCUGACGCGCCGCCGGUGGAGGAGAUUGAUGCGGAUGAAGGUAUGAUCUUAGUUUGA